AACUGCGACCACAAUUGCCCCGCUCAUCUCUGCCAUCAUUCUCAAGAAGCAAGUGGUAUUUCCAGGAGUCUGGAUAAUGGCCAACUGGGAUGAAAUAAAUAAGGUGUGGGCAGGUGUGGAGGGGGACCUGCCCAGUCUCGGGCAAAUAGUUCUCUACAGGUUAUUCAAGGAGUACCCAAACACUCAAAAGCUUUUCCCCAAGUUCAAGGACUUGACUCUUGACCAGGUGGAGAACAACGACGCUGUCCGCAACCAUGGCAACACCGUGCUCCAGGCGGUGGGCAAAAUGCUGAAGAAGAAGGGCGACCAUGCCAGUGAGGUGAAGGCAAUGGCCGAGACUCACAUCCACAAGCACAAAAUCCCACCAGCCAACUUCACUUUGAUCACCGGCGUUAUGUUGAGCGUCCUCAGUGAGAAAUACCCCAGCCAGAUGACCACAACUGCAAAGGAAUCAUUCUCGAAGGCGUUUCAGAUAAUCUGCUCCGACCUCGACAAACUGUACAAGGAGGCUAACUUCCAAGGCUAGGCGCCCUCCUGAAUAACAGUGCCGACACUGCAUUAAAUAGUGUGACGAUAAUAGUUCAGGCGAAGUAGCUAUUUAGCCUUUAAUUGACUGUAGAUCUUUUGUUUUAGUUCGCAAUAUAAUGAUUUCUUUGUGAAUGAGCCUACAACAUAAUGAAUGUAUGCAAAUGCGGUUAGACCAUUAACUACUUUCCCAUUCAUACACAUCUGAAUUAACAUUAUUCUUGCAUAGACUAUGUCCCAGCCAGUACUGUAUUCCCAUGCUAACCUAGAGCCCAGCUCUGGGAUUCUGCACUCAGAGUGAGUAUGGGUGGAGCAGGACACCCACCUGCGCUAAUACUUGAAGCACAGUUAACAUCUGAUCACUGCUCUCCAAAAUAGGUCGUGAAGUUUAAGCGUGUGGGUAGAAUUUAAAUUAAUUAGAUAGCAGCGGGCAUCAGGCAAGUCUUGGUUCACUUGUCUCUGUAAACUGGAGGUGGAAUGAACAAGUACAACAUGUUCAUGAAUGAAUUGAUCGCCCUGCGCUUAUAAACGGGAAAGCUGUGUGCAUUCAUUUCCCACAACUGGAUGCUACCCAUGGAACCAGCCAGGAAUGUGUCCUUCAUCGGCCUGGGUCUGAAGGUGAUUGGGUCCAAGGCUUCCUCCUCACAACCUGAGGCGACACGCUCCCUGUGCACGUCCGGCAGGAGUCGCAUUUCAGAUAAUGCGCUGUAACAAAGUCCUGUUUGCCCUCCGGUAAACAUUUAUAAGGCAAUUCAUGUGUUGGUAAAAACUCGGAGCUGGUUAAUAUUUAUCUUUCAACAAACAAGACAAACCUGUCACUAACACCGAUUGGGAAACUUUGCUCUGCACGGAAUUCUACAUAACAACAGCGAUUCUACUUAAAAAAAGGACUUAAUUUCCAUUAAUUAAAGGAAUUAUGCAGAAUGUCCUUUUUUCCUUAACUAUCCCGGAUAAACUGAUGAUCAAAUAUGGCAAAAUUAUUCCGGAUUUAGAGAAUAGACCUGAUGCCGACAGUUGAUGUAGAACUGUGUAACAGAGAGGCGCAUGUCUGGUUCAAAUUUCAUCGCUUAAAUACCUUUCUUUUUGGCUAUUGCUUUUUAAAUAUUAAUUAAAAAGAUAUUUUAAUUCCUUAUAAAUCUUAGUAAAUCGGGAUCAGCCAUUCUUCUAACACUUUCAGAAGCAGAGUCAGUUCUAAUCGAAAUCCUAAAACCUUCUCUGGGGAUAUCGCUUGAGACACUGGGCAAGUCUUACAUACUGUUGGUGUCAUCGUUUACAAGUAAGCAGGAAUGGUUCUUCAUAUGCAGAGCUCCCGGGUUUUGCUGAAUGAGUAAAUGAACAAAACAUUUUGGGAAUAGAUACUUUGAUUCUGCUCGUCUAUUUGCAUGUAAACAGAUCGAGUCGUGUAAUGUACAACUUAUAAUUUUUUUUUAGCAGCGCAAUAUGUUAACUCCAAUUCUACCUUCUCUAUUUACAGGAAGAAACACGUAGCUUGCCUGGGCUAUAGAUAUAAUAUUGUAGGGUAAUAUAAUUGGUGGAAACGUUCAGAAUUCACAACCACUGAUGUUGGGUUGGGGCUCACUUUAAGAGCCGGGUCUGAUGUGAUGAGGUAAUGACGUUAAGGCCUUUUACUGCGCUUUGUGUUCGGUUUUUGGUGUUCAAUAAAUGACUUGCUAUGGCUUUUCGUAAACAUAAAA